AUGAGCGUGUUGACGGUGACUGGGACCAUUAUCCCAGAUGCCACACUUCCCUACAAUUACACACCUUCUCCCAUCUCGAAUUCCUCCUCGCCUCUUCGGCCCGCGCAGUCAGCGUCUUCGGUACCCCCGGUCAGUUUUAACCGACCAGAAAGACAAUACAUUGCAACCACAGGCACUCAGAUACAGCCAGUGAGGACGAUUAGCAAUCAUAAGCACUCUCGAACCGCCUCCUCUGGCACAGUGCCUCCGCCUCCGUUCCAGUCAUCGAUCUCGGCUUCUCCUUCAAUACCACCUGGUGCCGGGCACACUCGCGUUCCCUCCUCUUCACACUCCUGGCAAUCAUCCGGCUCAAACAAUAUGAAUAUGCAUAGACAAGGGACCAGCGCCUCUUCCGCAAGCCUACCCCGUCGUUCCACGUCAGGUCGGUCAACGUCCACCAAUAGCCCCACAUCAUAUGUCGCGUUGAUGCGGAAGCAAAAAGCCACGGUUUGGUGCGACAGGUCACAAAAUAUCGAUCCCAGACUGGCGGCAGCUCAACGAGCAGCCAAACAACGUGCGGCACUUGAAGUACGAGGCCUCACAUCCACAGGACGAACAAGUACCAUCAGUUCUGGCGGCGUGGUGGGCAAAAUCCGACACGGAGGUGUUCCCAAAGCCCCGGGUUAUGUUCCUGCCAACCUGAAUGGCGCAUCCGUCCCACUACGACUAAGCGCGAAUGAAAUGCUGGGUGAUGAGGAGGAAGCUCAGAGUCUAGGUGACAACAGUAUGGUCCAUGCUCGAACAGGGAGCGGCCGAAGCAGCACAAAUAGUGCAAAGUACCGGAGCGGGUAUCCCAGACCAGAUCAAGGCCGGUUCAGUAGUACGAGUACGCCUCCGAACGGCGAGGGCUCUCCUGGUCAAGGCAUCCCUGAGGAUCCUGAAACGGUGCCGUCGACCACGAAGGCGAAACCCGACUACGGCCCCGACAAUGAUAGAUUGACCAGCCAUUCUAGCGAGGACUCGUUCGGCGAACUGAGGGACAUGUCUGGGCCGAACUCGGUACAGCAUGCCGUGAGCCAGGCCAAGCAGGCUGACGAUUUACGGCGGCGGGGAAGUGUGGAUGAACGAACAAUGAGCAUGGGGCAACCGGGCGUCAGAUUAUUCGUCGCAAAUCCUGACGUGGAUGAUUCAUGA